AUGUCAUCAUCCCAGACGAGGCUGGAUCGAAAGUUGAACAGCUACGUACUACUUGAACCUACAGACAAAACAAAGGACUUCCUCGGUGACUUCCUCGAGAUCCUUCCUCCUGGCGGAAAAGAAAAUCUGGAGGUGGACAUUUUAGAGUGUUCAAACGAUGAGAAGCUUCGGCAACUAGUCCAAAGCAUUAAAACCGGCUUAUUGAUUCCAUUGAAAGAACAGGGUGGUAAAAUACCCACUGAGGUCACUCUGUCUCCGCAUUCUGGCGUUGAAGAUUCAAUUGAGGAUCUUAGCUCUCAGUCGCAACUCUGGAACCGCUGUUUAGAAAGAGAUGGUAAUAAAUGUCUUGCAACGGGGCUGUAUAGUCACGCUCACGCCUAUCCACGGAACGCAGUAACGACCUAUCUUGAAGCGGCCUAUAUUAUUCCAUUUGCACUCGGAUCUUUUCAAGCCAAUCACCGACACAGAAAUACAGCGAUUUGGGUUAACCUAAGGCGCUACUUCCCAGUUCUUCGCAAUAUGUGCUUUACCUCGGAACAGAUCAAUUCGGAGAAUAAUAUCAUGAUGCUAGAUAACGACAUUCAUAAGGAAUUCGGUCAUUUCAGACUUAUUUUCGAGGAAACUGGAACUCCUCAACGAUAUCGAAUUAAGACCUUUCCGGAUACCGUUAUAAAGACAAGCCGUCUCUUACCUGAAAAUCGGAUUAUUAAUUUCGGAGUUCAUAACGGAAGUUGGGAACUUCCAGAUCCUAGACUUCUCCAAAUCCACGCUUCCAUUGGAAACUUUCUACAUGUGAGUGGCCAGGCAGAGGUAAUCGAUAAGAUCCUCGGAGAUUUUGAAGACUGUGAUGAACUUGCCCCGAGUAGAAGCACCAACGUGGAAGACCUUGCAAUGACCAGCCUCGCCUACUAG